CAAACUAUAAUUAGAAAUUAUUUAAUAAUUUUAAAAAUAAAAAAAAAGAUGGAGCAAAUCAAUAAAAUAGUAGAAAAAUAUUAGGAACUUAUAUUUUUAAGUGAAGGGAAAUUUGAUCAAUAAAAUGUUUAGUUGAGACAGCUAUUGCUUAUUCAUGCAUUCAAUACAACUAAUAAUUUGGAUUGUGUUGGAUUAAAUGAAGAAGAUCCUGAAGAGAGCUAAAUUUUACCAGAAAAUUGGAAUAUUAGCGAUGAAGGAGUCUACUCUUUUAAAUAUAAAAACUCUUAAGAUAAAAUAGUUUAUAUUUUUAAAUUAAUUUUUGAUGAAGGCGUUUUGAAUGUCAAUACUGUCUCUCUUAGUGAUUCUUCAAAGCUAUAUUCAGUUACUCUUCAACUAAGCGAUUUUAAUGUUGAACAGAUCGAUAAAAAUAAUAAAAUAUUUGAAAUAUACCAAAAAGAGAUUUUAGAUAAAAUUGUUGGAUAGUAGUAAAAAAAGCAAGAAAAUACAUCGUCUUAUUCGUCUUCUUCUUACUCUAGGAAUUAAAAUACAUCUUAGUAAUACCCUUUAAAUUAUCCUUAAAAUUCUCAAAGCUAAUAAUAAGGGUUUAUUGAUCCGAUGAGAGAUUAUGGUAGAAAUGAUUUACAUCCUAAUUUUGGUAAUCCUUUUACAAUCGGAGGAGGAUAAGGCAAUAAUCCUUUUACAAAUCCAUAUGGAAGAAACUAAUAACCUAGAUUUGAUCCUUAUGGUCCUAAUGGAAUAUCAGGAAUUCCAGAUGACAUUCAGCCUGAUUUCUUCCCUAACAACAAUUAAGGACCAAAUAGAGGAGGAAAUAGAGGGCCUAUUGGGGGACCAUUCGGUGGUGGUUUCGGAGGAGGCUUUGGUGGUGGAUUUGGUGGCGGAUUUGGAGGUGGAUUUGGUGGAGGUUUUGUUUGA